AUGGCUAGAAAGGAUCUGUCUUCUCGCCGGCGCCGGCUCCCCCUCCGGCGGCCGCGCGAUGAGGACCGCCUCAAUGCCCUCUCCGACGACCUGAUCCUCCAGAUCCUGGGCCGUCUCGACACCCGCAGCGCGCUCGGCGCCGCCGCGCUCUGCAGGCGCUUGGCCCACCUCCCUCGCGAGCUCCCCGCCCUGGAUCUCAAGGUCAGCGACGCGCUCCCGCCGCGCUACCGGCGGUGGCUCGACCUCCUCAACGAGGCAGUCACAUCGGACGCGCUACGCGGGUGUAGCCGGAGGCUACGCCCCAUCAUCGGGCGGUACGAGCGCCGCGCCAUGCGCGCCAUGGUCAGCUCCGUCAGGAGCCUCAGAGCCCGCCGCCACCGGCGUGCGUGCAGCAGGCUGUCGCUCGAGUUCUUCGCCUUCAGCACCUCCGCCAGCAUCAACCGCUUGGUCGUGGACGCCGUCGAUUCCUGGGGUGUCGAGGAUCUGGAGGUCGUUGCCAAGUCGACGGAGCCGAUCACACAUCUUCGUCCGGUCUACACGUUCCCCCGUGGUCGUAUCAGCAGGAAGCCCGGCGAGUCCCGCCUUCGAAGCCUCAAGCUCGUCAAUUGCUUGCCCCCGCCGCUGGAUGGCUUCACCGCGCUCACCACGCUGCUGCUGCGGGACCUGCCCUGCUCUACGCCGGCGGCCGUCUACGAGGGCGUGGUCGCUGCGUGCCCGCAGCUGCGGGUUCUGCAUCUCGUCGCCUGCUCCUUCGACAAGGAUACGGCCCGUUGGCUGGUGUUCGACGCGCCCAUGUAA